AUGGACUUUUUUCACCAACCUUGUUAUAAGUUAUCGAGAAAUUUCGCUCGGUUGAUAGGUCGAUGGCCUUACCAAUCCAGUCUUCAGUGUUUUAUGAUAGGAGUCGUUAUUAUUGCUGCGUAUAUUUUGCAAGUUGGACCUAAAAUCUUAGCCGAUAUUGUGCAUUCUGAUGAUCAAGAAUUGGUCCUCGAAACUUUGGCGCCCACAAUAACGAACAUAAUGGCGUUUGCCAAGUAUAUAAACACUUGGGUCAAUGCAAAAAUGCUUAAAAAACUUUUUGAAACGAUUAAAGACGACUGGGAGCUCGUGACAAAUAGUGAAGAAAAAGAAAUUUUGAAAAGUUAUGCAGAGUUUGGAAAACUUUUGGCCACUGGAUACGCAGGGUUUGUUUACAUAACAACAAUAACAUUUGUAACGGAACCGGUUUUGCCGAUAUUAAUAAACUCUGUUUUUAAAACAAACUUAUCGGCUCCGCACAAAUUCGCUGAUCCGAUGGAGUGGAUAAUAAUUGACAAAGAAAAAUACUAUUGGAUACUUUUGAGCAACUCCAGUGUGUGCAUUAUGGUGAUUUUGAGUUGUCUUAUUUCUUAUGAUGUUAUUUUUAUCACUUUUGUGCAUCACGCUUGUGGAUUAUUUGCACUUACAGGACACAGGAUUCAAAAUUUGACCAGCGACAAAAAUUUGAAAAUGUUACCUAGGAGAACCACUAUUUUGAACCGCUCUCACGAUUUUCAUUACAAACAUUUGAUAUCUUGUAUAAAAAUUCACAAACUGGCUUUGAACUAUGUAGAUUUAAUUGAAACAACUUUUUCGGGAUGCUUUGGAAUGGUGGUCGGCUUAAAUUUGCCGCUGAUGAGUAUCACUGGAGUUCAGAUUAUCGCACAAGGAGGCACUUUGCAACAAAAAAUUAAGUACGUAAUGUUCACUGGAGCUCAGAUGUUGCACCUAUUUUUUGAAUGCUUCCUGUCUCAACGACUGACGGAUAUGAGUUUCCAAAUCCAAGAACACAUAGCGAACGGAAAGUGGUACAACCUUUCGCCAAAAUCUCAAAAACUUUUGAUUUUAAUGACGAUGAGGUCUCAAGUUCCGUGCAUACUUACUGCAGGAAAAAUCAUGGGCUUGUCUAUCAAGAGUUUUGGGAUGAUGCUCAAAACCAGCGGCUCGUACUUCACAAUGUUGCUGUCUUUUCAAAAUUAA